CUCUGCCCUACCGCGCGGGCCCAACUCGGCGCCAAAAAAUCCAUCUCGCAUCUCACGCUCUUCUAGCUCUCUCCCCAUGCCAUGGAAGACCGGCAAGGCACCGGCGGCACCGGCGCUGCGACCAAGGUCCGCGUGAACGGCACGACGGACGAAGCGACACUCUCCACCACAGGCGGCUGCCCUGAGCUCCGGUGGCGCCGCGCUGGGGCCACGGCGGAGAGGAGCCUCUCGCUGGAGGCCGACGUGCUCGGAGCCGAGGCGAGCGGCAAGGAGGUCGUCGUCAGGGCCUUCGUGGCGGAGGAUGCCGCGAGACCGCCGUCGCGCGCCAAGGCGAGAGGGAAGAGGCGCAGGAGGGAGUACGUCUUCGAGAUGGCCGACGGGCGGCCCAAGAGAUUGUUCGUCCUCAUCAACCCCUACGGAGGCAAAAGACGGGCGAGCAAGAUCUACGAGGCAGAAAUCAAACCCCUGUUCGAAGCCGCCGGCGUCGAAGUCACAAUGCAAGAGACCCGGUACCGGGGGCAUGCCCGGGAGGUGGCGUCCUCUCUCGACCUUGCAAGAUACGACGGGAUCGUCUGCGUCAGCGGCGAUGGCGUCCUCGUGGAGCUUGUGAAUGGGAUUCUGCAAAGAUCAGACUGGGAGGAAGCAAUAAAGAUGCCAAUUGGCAUAGUUCCAGCUGGCACAGGAAACGGCAUGGCCAAAUCACUUCUCCAUGCUGCCAGCGAGACGUGCUCAGUUUCAGACGCCGUAUUUGCCAUUAUCACAGGUCACAAGCAGGCCUUGGAUGUCUGCACCAUAGUGCAAGGGGAAAAAACCGUUUUCAGCGUGCUGUCAACUACUUGGGGUUUGGUGGCCGAUGUUGACAUCGAGUCUGAGAAAUACAGGUGGAUGGGGAGCGCACGGUUCGACUUUUAUGCUCUGGUUCGCAUAAUGAACUUGCGCCGAUACCGCGGAAGCGUCCACUUUGUGCCUGCCCCGGGCUACGAGGCAUACGGAGAUCCUGUCAAGCAAGCCGAGACUCCCAUCGUGGAGCGAAACGGGGAAUCUCGGGUGUGCUCUUAUCAAGGCCCUACGGCCGAGUUUCAAUGUUCAGACUGGAGAUCCAUCGAUGGCCCAUUUGUGGGUGUGUGCGUCUACAACGUGCCAUGGGCUGCUGAAAACGCCAUGGCAGCUCCUGAAGCCAAGUUCUCAGAUGGCUACAUGGACGCGGUCAUACUGAAAGACUGUCCGAAGGCCGAUCUUUUGGCUCUGCUGCUGAAGAUGAGCGAUGGGAGCUACGUGAAAUCGCCACAUGUUACAUAUUUCAAGGUGAAAUCCUUCCGGUUAUCGCCGGGGCAGCUCAUGGAGGAUCCAAAAAGGGGCGGCAUCGUAGACGUGGACGGCGAGGUGGUUGCCAGAGGAGAAGGAACGUACGGCAUGAACCAGGAUCAAGAUUUGAUGGCCUAUGGCCCUUCUGUUCAGCUGACCGUGCACCAGGGCUUGGCCACUGUAUACUGUCCCAAAUGAUCCUACCUUGCCUUCUCCUCUCACCAGAGAUUGUCCCUUUGUGUCAAUUGCUUUAUUCUUGUUCAUAUUUAAAAAAGUACUCUAUUGUAUUCAAAACAAGAUUCUUUCAAGAAAAGGUCACACGUCUCUGAGCAA